AUGCACGGCAUCCUUCAGCUGGAUGAUGUUGACAAUGCGCGGGAUGAAAAGACCCAGGAGAACUUUUGGGAUUGGCCUGGUGCCCAAGGAAGCUUCCUCUCUCCCAUGGCGGCUGGGACUCAAGCAAUACAACAAGGACGGCGGGCAUCUUAUCGGACACUGGGGACCCGCAAUGUCAUCCUUGUCGUUCUCUUCUUGUUUCUCUACGAGGAGACCAAGUACUCCAAGGUCGUUGAAGGCGUGAGCGCUUCCGUGGGACUUGCUGGGCAUGCUCAGCAGGUCUCCGUGGACAACCUCAAGGCGGAUUGCAAGCCCGAUCUCGAAUAUCCUGCGAGUAGGGUGCAGACGAAUACGGCAGGCCACCACGAACUCGAUCACAAGCACUGGAUCUAG